GGGUCGGUUCCCGACCAAUCGGUAGCGCGGAUGCUGGACAUGGCGCCCUGUACGUUGUACGGGAUUAGAAUUGCGCCGAGUGUUACGCCGCACGUCAGUGCAGAGCUUUGUAACAAACGACAACAACAACAACAACAAAAAAACAUUUAACAAAUUAAACUUUAGCUUCUCGGUUAAAAGGGCCAAUUAACUAAGGGUGCGGGAGAGAUUAAAAGUCACCAUGAGGGCCGUCCCGUCGUGGAACGACAAAGCGUACGACAAGGAUAAAGCGGAGCAAUGCAUAAAUGAUUUGGCGUUCAAACCAGAUGGGACACAGCUGAUCGUGGCAGCAGGCACCAAGGUCCUGGUUUAUGACACUUCGGAUGGGACGCUGAUACAGCCACUGAAAGGACACAAAGACACAGUAUAUUGCGUGGCAUAUGCAAAGGAUGGGAAACGCUUUGCCUCUGGCUCAGCAGACAAAAGCGUCAUCAUUUGGACGUCCAAGCUUGAAGGGAUCCUCAAAUACACGCACAAUGACGUCAUCCAGAGUGUGGCCUAUAACCCUGUGAGCCACCAGUUGGCCUCCUGUUCCUCUAGCGACUUUGGGCUGUGGUCUCCAGAGCAGAAGUCAGUGCAGAAGCACAAGGCUUCCAGCCGCAUAACGUGCUGCAGCUGGACCAAUGACGGGCAGUACCUGGCUCUGGGGAUGUUCAACGGCGUCGUCAGCAUCCGCAACAAGAACGGCGAAGAGAAGGUGAAGAUUGAAAGGCCAGGGGGCCACCCCGUCUGGUCCAUCUGCUGGAGCCCAUCGCGGGAAGAUCAUCACGACACGCUAGCGAUAUCGGACUGGGGACAGAAGCUGUCCUUCUAUCAGCUCAGUGGCAAACAGAUCGGCAAGGAUCGCACGCUGGGCUUCGACCCGUGCUGCGUGAGCUACUUCUCCAAGGGCGAGUACGUGGUGGUGUGCGGCUCAGGCGGCCGCGCACACCUGUACACGCGCGAGGGCGUGCCCCUCGGCCCCGUCGGGGAGCACCCGGCGUGGGUGUGGAGCUGCCGCGUCAAGCCCGACUCGGAAUACGUGGCGCUGGGCAGCCAGGAUGGCACGGUGUCGUACUUCCAGUUGGUGUUCAGCACGGUGCACGGCCUCUACAAGGACCGUUACGCCUUCCGCGAGAAUAUGACCGAUGUCAUUGUGCAGCAUCUCAUCACCGAGCAGAAAGUGAGGAUCCGCUGCAAGGAGCUGGUGAAGAAGAUCGCCAUUUACCAACACCGGCUCGCGAUCCAGCUGCCGGAGAAGAUCGUCAUCUAUGAGCUGGUGUCGGACGACACCGCCGACAUGCAGUACCGCGUCAAACAGAAGAUCGGCCGGCGCUUCGACUGCAACCUGCUUGUCGUCUGCUCCAAACACAUCAUCCUCUGCCAGGAGAAGCGGCUGCAGUGCCUGACUUUUGGCGGCCUGAAGGAGCGUGAAUGGGUGAUGGAGUCACUAAUCCGGUACAUCAAGGUGAUCGGCGGCCCCGCGGGGAGAGAGGGGCUGCUCGUGGGCCUCAAGAACGGACAGAUCCUGAAGAUCUUCGUGGACAACCUUUUCCCAAUCGUGCUGCUCAAGCAGGCGACGUCAGUGCGCUGCCUGGACAUGAGCACGUCGCGCAACAAGCUGGCCGUGGUGGACGAGCACAACGUGUGUCUCGUGUACGACCUGCGCACGCGCGAGCUGCUCUUCCAGGAGCCGAAUGCGAACAGCGUGGCGUGGAACACGCAGUGCGAGGACAUGCUGUGCUUCUCGGGCGGCGGGCUGCUCAACAUCAAGGCGAGCGACCUGCCCGUGCACCAGCAGAAGUUGCAGGGCUUCGUGGUCGGGUACAACGGCUCCAAGAUCUUCUGCCUGCACGUCUUCUCAAUGUCGGCCGUCGAGGUGCCGCAGUCGGCGCCCAUGUACCAGUACCUGGAGCGCGGGUUGUACCAGCAGGCGUACCAGAUCGCAUGCCUCGGGGUCACGGAGACCGACUGGCGGCAGCUGGCGCUGGAAGCGCUCGAAGGGCUCGACUUUGACACGGCCAAGAAGGCUUUUAUCCGAGUGAGGGAUCUCAGAUACCUGGAGCUCAUCUACAGCAUAGAGGAGCGGCGGCGGCGUGGCGAGAGUGCCCAGGAGCUGUUCCUGGCGGAUGUGCACGCCCACCGCGGACGCUUCCACGACGCCGCCAAACUCUACAAGCGUGCCGGCCACGAGAGCCGGGCUCUCACCAUGUACUCCGACCUGCGCAUGUUCGACUGCGCCAAGGAGUUUGUGGCGUCGGGCGACCCCAAGGACACGCGGCUGCUCAUGCGCAAGCAGGCGGACUGGGCGCAGGCGGUCAAGGACCCCCGCGCCGCUGCCGACAUGUACCUGGCGGCCGGAGAGAAUGUCAAGGCGAUUGAAAUCAUCGGGCAGAACGGAUGGGUUGACAUGCUGGUGGAGGUGGCGCGCCGCAUGGACAAGGCAGAUCGCGAAUCGCUGGCGCUGUGUGCCCAGCACCUGCAGAGGCUGGGCCAGCACGGCUACGCGGCCGAGGCCUACGGCAAGAUGGGGGACUGGGCCGCCCUGCUGCGGCUGCACGUGGAGACACGACACUGGGACGAGGCGUUCGCGCUGGCGGAGCGGCACCCCGAGUUGCGCGACGGGACGUUUGUGCCAUACGCUCGCUGGCUCGCGGAGAACGACCGCUUUGAGGAGGCGCAGAAAGCGUUCCACAAGGCGGGGCGGCGUGGGGAGGCGGUGCACGUGCUGGAGACGCUGACGCACAACGCAGUCGCCGAGAGUCGCAGCAACGAUGCGGCGUACUACUACUGGAUGCUGUCGACACAGUGCCUGGACAUCGCCGGCAGUGACACGGCGCAGGCGGAGGAGAUGCUGAAGAAAUUUGAGCAGUUCCAGCACCUGGCUGAGCUGUACUACGCCUACCACUCCAUCCAGCGCUACACCGAUGAACCGUUCACAUCUCACCUUCCCGAGUCGAUCUUCAACAUCGCGCGCUUCCUCCUGCACAGCCUGGGGCGAGACAGCCCACCGGGGAUAUCCAAAGUGAACACUCUGUAUGCCCUGGCCAAACAGAGCCGCGCGCUGGGCGCCUACAAGCUGGCUCGCCACUGCUUUGAGCGUCUGCUGGCGCUGCGGGUGCCGCCCCGGCUGCAGGAGGCCGUGAUGCUGGGCAGCAUCACCAUUCGCUCAAAGCCCUUCCAGGACAGCGAGGAGCUGAUUCCUAUGUGCUAUCGUUGCUCCACCAACAACCCCUUGCUCGGCGGACGUGGAAACGCGUGCGUCAACUGCCGCCAGCCGUUCGUCUACUCCUUCUCAUCUUUCGAGGUGUUGCCCCUGGUGGGAUUCUCCCUGGAGGACGGAGUGGGCGAUGAGGAGGCCUUGUCGCUCAUCAACCUGGAGGGGCCUCCCGCCAGCGCCGGGCAGCGUGGGGACACGCGGUGGCGCGAAUCGCGAGCCGGAAAGGCGGACAUGAUGGUCAUGGAAAAUAGCGAGGAGGCCGGGGGGGAGGCUAACGACCCCUUCGCUGCUCGACUCAGCUUCGAGGACGGCGCCGAGUUCGUGCCGGUGGUGCUGAACCGCGCGGCACUGCGCUCGCUCAGCCGGCGCCAGGUGCUGGUGAAGCGCUGGCCCUCGCCGCUGCGCUGGCAGUUCUACCGCUCGCUCAUGCCCGACGUCCCCAUCACCGUGUGCUCCUCCUGCUUCCAGAUGUUCCACAGCGAGGACUACGAGCUGCUCGUCCUGCAGCACAACCGCUGCCCCUACUGCCGGCGCCCCAUCGAGGAGAUGGCGCAGUGAACGGGCUGCUGCUGCUGCUGCUGCCGCAGCUCCACUGAGACUCAGCGGGCGCAUAAUGGCCACGUCCGAGCAACCGAGCCGGUGCCACUUAGACCCUGGGCUCAAUCUUUUAAUGCGCGGUGUUUAGGCAUGUCGCGAUUCAAUUACUCGAUUUGACAAUUUAUUUUUACACGCGGUCACGAGCGUGUCAAAUCGAGCUUGUGAGAUUGACUUGUCAUGCAAUGCAAAUGAUAUGCAAAUUGCGCAGAAGUGGAGAAUCUAUGGGCUCGUGGUGGCCGCAUGAGACCUACCGCUUAGGUACGGCCCACGACCCAUAUUAUCUAGCCGCACUAAGCGAGUAAUGAAAGGGAAUAAUUUUUACCCUGGCGACGACACUGUAAUUUUAUCGUGCUCAGCCACUUGCAUCACUACAGGGGGGGGGCUCUUGCAGGGACAGAAGCAGCUGAGGCGUGCGUUGAUGUAGCCGAUGGAUGUAAAUAGACAACAAACGCAAACAAGAAACAACAUUGACACUUGAAUCGAAUCAUGAACGUAAAUUGUGGCAAACAUUACACGCCUACCAAGUGUCUCUCUUCCUCUUGUCAUCAUAAGCUCUUGUCAUCGUACCACAUCUCUCUUAAAUUUUUAUUUAAAGCUUUCGUGACUGCAGUAAUUCAUAUUCUUAAUAAUAUAUAUAAAACAUAUAUAGUUUAUUGUUUCCCUUCAACGUGACUUUACCGAAAGAGCCAAGAAUACACAUCUCUCUUGUGCACAUUUUUUCUCACCUCACUGCAUCUCUAUCUCUCACCUAAGGCUCUUCUGUCGUCAUGGUGGUGGUGGUGGUCCACCUCCCAGCCCCAAAACAACUUAUGGUUAUGGCCUCCAAUGGACGAGCAUCGGCCAUUGGCUGAGUAGACCAAAAACACAAGAACACUUAGGUUCAUACAGAGGUUGUGCUUUUGCCAUGCACUUUGAGGGACAAUUGCUGAAAGGUUGGAUGCGAUUUUUUAAAAGGACAACGUGAUCACUGUGUUUCUGGCUUAGGGCAGAGGAGAUGAUUAAACACACACAUUCCUUCACAUUCCCCAGUCUUGGGACGUUUCAUAAAAUUGUAUUUAAACCAUGAAAGCAGAUGUGUUUAUAAAUAAAGUGCUUAUGAUUUGUAAAAAAAAAA